GCUUCUCAGGCUAAAACUAUCGAGGCUUACCAAGAGUUCUACGAUUUGGAGGUAAGAGAAGAUAUCUUUAACUCAAACGUACGCCGUACGUUUGACUGAGUCAAUGUGCACAACUUAUGCUUUCGCAGUGGAGGGAAGCACUUCAGCGUCACGUUAAGGUUCAACAAAUGCGAAAACAAGAAGUUAGCUCUGUCUUUCGUAUUUACGCCUUCAGUGUGAGCAAUCAAAAGCUGAGAUAAGAAAUAGUUUAAAAUCUUCAUAACUUUGAGUGCUGCAGUUACUUGUUAAUUGAUAAUAGAAUGAUUUAGCUUGCUACGAUGAGAGUAAGGUAAACAACACUAGUUCCAAGACUUCCAACUAUAGCACUGCGAAGGGCCCUAUAUCGAGUUUAUGUCAUAAAUUUAAAUGGCCAACAGUUGGGCACUCCACGAUCGAAUUUAUUAGUUUCUUGGUGUUUCAGUGAGUGCAAACAGUCACUUUAUCAUUCAAAAUAUGUAUGAAAAACGUAUUCAAAAUCUGGGUCCUUGGAAUGAGUUAGCACUUAUUAGGCUGAGCAGACAUUCUUGAAGAUCUUUAUUGAUAGAUUAAAGUAAAUAAUCGCAUGCCACGUGCAAGUUUACCAUGCAACACAAAAAUACAUGUUUUCUUUCAAGCAUUAAACUAAAUAAAGUUAAAAAGGCAUCUAUGUACAAAACAACGCUUGAAGAGCUGCUUGCGAAUGCGCGUAUGUAAUCAUGGCGACAUUUAUGUGGCACUUACUUAUUUCGCACAUUUUUUUCUUCUUUGUCGUUAUGAACAUGCAUAGUAAGUUGCCGCGCGACAACUUCCAACCAUCUAAUUUUCGCAUUGGAGUAGCCCGGGGGUACUCAAGGAAAUUUCAUACGGGGAAGUUCCGCUACGAGGUCCAACCACUUACCCUUUUUUUAAACUAACCAUUAUUUUAUGACAGAAAAUGUAUCCAUUCUGUAAACCUUCUACUGACAAAUGGCACCUCUUUCACAUACCUAGUUUAAAACACUGCUUCUCUUUAAACUGCUGUAAAUUCACUGCCUUUUUUAAAUAAAUAAAUUCCUAAACCAAGAAGUUUUCUCGUCUCUUAAUUUCACAUCCAUAAAAUGCGUUUGUGAGCCCUUUUUGAUUCUUUCACAAACCGAAAUUUCUUAUUUCCCUACCUUUUCAUAUACUUCAACCAAUGAAACCCCAACCACUUCCUACAGCUGAAGCCUGAAAAAAGGUAUACCUUUCAUAAAAGGUUCUUAUUUUUUCAGAGGUUGUCAUAUUGUAACCAUUGGCAGAAAUAUUGUACCACGAAUACGUAAUGGCAAACAUUCAAGGUCCAAGAAGAAUAUCAAUACAUUUUUAUACUUUUUAAAUGAGAUGUUAAGAUUUUAAAUCGUCUAUAUUGCACGGUAGCUUUAUGGAAAACAUACUUCUAGUGAAAAUCCAAACAAAUGUAAAUCAAACAAAACAUAUACACAAUAACGUUUUGUCAAACGUUUCUCACACAAUUAAAGUCGACAAUUUUGACAGUCAAAAUUGGAGUGAUUGUUUUGUAUAAGAACCUAUUUUUCUUUGCCAGGCUUCACAAGUUCAUAUAAUUUUUUUGGGUAUUUAAAUGCCAAAUUUCAACCUGUAGGUUCUUAAUCACUAAAUUCUUAUAUGCGGGUUUUUACUGUAUUUACAUCUUUAAAACAUCAACGAUUACCUCGUUGACACUCCGUAUAGUCCAGUUCCGAAUCGUUAAAAUUCAUACUUGGUUCCAAAGGCUGAGGGGUACAAUAAAUACUACUUAUUAACCGAGAGUGAGCUCAUUACAGGGAAAUCUCAGACCGAGUCAGAUGUAUUGACCGUGCGAUAGCGACGGACCAGGUUAAUAAGUUAUUUAUUACAUAGCCUUUCAUUAUGGACAUGAGCAUGCGAUCAAUUAAAACCAACAACUGGCCAGCGGAUAACUUGAAAAAACACGUCACCUCAACGAGUUGUACACUUGAGUCCUCAAUACAGUCAGGUGCCACUUUUGAGCGGAUGCUGUUUUUGACAGCUGUCAAUUGACCAUAACAUGGAUGUCCAUUGGGAUGUCCACAAUAAAAUUAUUGUGACAACAAUUUAUAAUUCAAUGACAGUACUAAUAUCGGAACUAUAUCAUAAAAACGUUUUAAAGUCUUAAUUAGUCUAUUGUAUUACUGAAUUGUUCUCUACUCAGGUAUGGAAAUGCGAUGGAUUCGUGGUUUGUUUCUACUCUUAAGUAAGUUAUGAACAACUGCAAUUGAUGCAGGUGAAUUACACAAAGCCGUUUUUUUUGUUUUGUUUUGUUUGUUUCUUCGUUUUACUCAUAACUGAAUGAACGGGUUUAUCACUUGUACUAAAAGGGGCUAUGUCACAAGGAUGUUGCUGAUUUUGGUCAAUUAUGUGGUUACUGCCAAGUUUAGCAAAAGCAAAUUUUGACCAAAUUUCCAAAUUUCCUUUCGUGAAAUUUUGAAAAAGAAAUAGCAUUCUGUGAAAGUCGGUACAGGAAGAGAGCUUUUAUUUGAGUGGCCACAACAUAGGAUUUACACCGCAGACUCGAAAGUUACAUUCACCUUACAAAACUCCAUCAAGCUCUCUGGCAGUGAAAGGGUUAAGUCACAAAUAUUCUCCUGAGUUACAGAUAUAACAAAGAUAUCAAGCAAAUCUCAGCAGGCAGCAUUACCUUUCACAAUUUUUUGGAUGAUUUUUGCACGCAUAGCGUUAAAAGUGAGGCCAACAUUGUCUCAAUCCGUGUUCAUCCUUGGGGUCAUCCUUGCCAUCUUUUGUAACAGACGAAAGGAAACGGUUUCAAUACUUAAACAUAGUCUAUGAAAUAACAAAGCUAGACCAUUCUAUUGAUGCGAGUUCAGGUAUUAGCAUUUAAAAGAUAGCAGAUAGCGUGGCAGACCCCUUUUAAAUAUACAAUUUUUACUGUUUUUUUUUUUUUUUUAAUGCAAACAGUAUCAGAAAUUAUGGUUAUUGUCUUUGAUAACAGCUACAUGCACCUGGGUGUUGAUGACAUUUGCUGCAGUGUUAUCCUCAGACCAUUCAAGCACUAAGGCGAGUAGUGUCCUCGAUGUUGCAGGGAAUUCGAAUGUGGCAGGCCAAAAUACAGCCGCAGUACCUUCACUGUCUUCGGUCUCUAUAUCAUCCUCAAAAUUUUCUCUUUCAAGUACCUUGGCCAUAAGUAGUUCGUCAUUUGUGGCACUGAGCUCUGGUAUGGCAAAAGAACUAAGCACACCCGAAUUGCCGUUGGUGUCGUCCAAGCUGGUGUCUUUGUUGCCUGUUGUGUCAAAAUCAGUUGUUCGUUCAAGCCGUCCACCCAGAAGUGAAUCUUCACCUGUCGCAAUGAGUUCGAGCUGGGCUUUGGAGAAAGGUACAUCCGUAUUCCCCUCAGUGUCUUCCUUGCUGUUGUCAUCGUUAGCUAUUUCUCCAAGCAGCUUACAACGAGGCUAUUUGUCAUCUGUCGUAGUGAGCACUACUUUGGCAUUAGAUAAACGCGCAACUGAAACACCUUCACCAUCUUCCAUGCUGUUUGCACCUUUAACAAGAUUAGGUACGUUAUUUUAAAAAUCUCAUUGUGAUACAACGAACAUUAUUAUGUGUAACAGUAUCGUAACCAGGCGGAGUAGAAAAGGCGUACCCAAUCUGAGUGCAGUAUUAUUCAGCUUUUGCAACAAAAAGCUUUUUCUCGUUGAACUGUCUUGGCUAAGGCCCAGUUCAAACGUUGAAUUUCACAUGUGCCGAACUUAAUUCCUAUUUUAGUCGACUAAAAUAGUUAAAUACGACAUUUGAUUCAAGCGUUGCAUUUAAUUUAAGCAGUUGAAUUUAACUGAUUCAAACUUUGCACUUCACAUGCAUUCAACUCUCCCGUUAAGUUCGGCGCGUGAUGUGAUCAUGAAAUUCGACGUUUGAACCGGGCCUGAGGAAAACAGUUCAACGUUACAUACUUCUAAAUAACAAUUAUUCAGCUCAGUGUCAGUGGCUAUUGUUCAAUAUUAACCAAGCCACGAAAGAAAGGCACGAAUAAAUGCUUAAUAAACGAAUCUUUAGUAAAGCUCCCAUAAGUUUUGGGGAUGAAUAAGAGCUUUUUUAGUUUUUUUUUGUUUUUGAGUGUCCCUUUCGAAAGCCAAAUCAUGUAAAGAUAACUAGUGGAGAAUUCGAUGUACGAAACGACCUGCUUUGGGACUAGUCGUUCUUAUCAUCUUUGAUAUGGUACGAAGUACAGACAAAGAGGGAAAACUCUCUUUAUUUUUCACUUUUUAAAAGUUCCUUGCAGUUUUCUAAAUUUGAGGGAAACUUUCCUCGCAGAAAUCAUUGAUGUUCAUAAGUAUCUCCUGUGCUUUGCUUGAAUUCUUCCUUAAUCGAAGUUCUACAUGGAUCUUAGUUUUUUUUUUUUCAGUUAAAGCAAACCGUUUCACUGGCUCGUUAAAAAAACCACCUUAACUGUUGCAGAUUAUUUGUCUAAAGUAGCUGUUUUUCACAUCGACUUUCUCAACGAAAAAAGACAACUUGAACUUUUUCACGUCACCGCCCUGACAAGGCCUUUCUUCCAGCCAGAGUAAGCGCAUACGCCUAUGGCCAAAAUUUUCUUCAAAGUCACGGGUACGGACAAUUUUUGAAAACAUCGUAAGAAUGAAGCAAUUCUUAGCUGACUUGCGACAUUUUAAUCUCGAUUAAUGGCCAGCCCUUAGAUUUCACAGAUAAAGAAAGAACACGGCUUCGGGCGCGUGCCAAAAUUAUUUAGUCCUUCCGUUCCGCAUUUGGUUUUGUUCUUAUUUCUUCCCACGUUAACUAGAUUCUUUCUUGAAAGUGGUAUAAUUUUAAUUGUCCUCAAUACUUACACUCAGUCCAUUUAUUUUGCUUGCAGUCUGCCCCAAUAUGGCAACCCUGAAUGAGACAUCAGGAGUUCUUACCAGUCCUUAUUAUCCACGGCGUUAUCCAUCUAAUGAGAAAUGCGGCUGGAAAAUUCUAGCAAGUAAAGGAGAACGCAUUGUGUUUGUCAUUAAAGACAUAGAUAUUCUGAAAUGUGGUUCAUCUUGCACCUGUGACUACCUGGAAAUACAAAAUGGCUCAUCCUCUGAUGGCAUCUCAGGCAGGCGAAGAUGUAGAUCAGAUAAAGACAGUGGGAUAGUAUACUAUUCAGCAAAAGAUGUUCUGAGGGUGACGUUUGUUUCUGGUGCUAGGACUUACUGGUGGUACCGUGGAUUUAAGGCAACUUACAUUAAAGUGAAAUAUAAUGCAACAACCACCGGUAAGUCAUUAGAAAUCGCCUUUUAACGCAUUAACACAUGUGCUGAACACCUUCACAAAUUAAGUUGAAGGUGCACGUGCAGGGGACCAGGUUGUAAAUUUUCAAGCAAGGAAUAAAAAAUAUUAUAGCCUUAUAACAGGGUCAUGGCAACUGUUGCAUUCAAAUACUUUACAGAGUAACAAACGAAAAAAACUAAAAUGUCGAUGAAAUGCCAACCAUUUUUAUUAGUAUGAAAUAUUAAAAGAGUUCGGUAGUAAAUCUCUUACUUUUUAUGUUUAUCUGUAGUAAUGCUUUCAAUUGAGUUUUUUUUUGUUUUGGUUCACAGCUAGAUUACUCUAAAUAACAGUUGGCUUUCUCUGGUUGCAGCUGGUACCUCCGGCGAAUAUCUUAAUGGCUUCAGUGGAUUCUUUUCAACUCCAAAUUUUCCAAGUAACUAA